UUCACUUCCGUGUUAUUCCAGAAGAAAACUGUGAAAAGUUAUAAAUAUGUCUAAAAACUUGAUGUUAUUGGCUAUGUUUCACAACCAGUAAUGUCUCUAAGUAGCGAAAAAAGUGUUGUUGUCGUUCUUUUUGAUUAUACUUACGAAAAUGACACUGGAAGUGUGCGUAUAAAAACAGGCGACGAGUACGUCUUGUUGGAUAAAACGAACGACGAAUGGUGGCACGUUAAACGACAAGGGGACGAUGAAUCCUUUUAUGUGCCCGCUCAAUAUGUCAGACUGUACGACGAGGAGGACAGUGACAUUUCGGCUCCAUGUACGCCUUACAGGCUAAAAAGUGAAGAAAGAGACAUCUUCGAUGACGAUGUCAAUACACCUAAAGACGAAGAUGAAGGAACGCCACAUCCAGACUAUGCAGAGAAUAACAAUAACGUCAGUCCUACUACCCCAGAGAAGCCUAAACUGCUACAGGAUGUGUGUUCAGAUCCAGGACCAGACUAUGUAAAUCUUGAUGAAUUCAGAUCCGCAAGUAACAUCAAAUCUCCACAUGGAGAAAUCAUUUAUGCUAAUGUCCAGUGCAGUAAGUCGGAAUCCAAUGAUCCGCCAUCCCCAGAAGAUGGUAUAUUUGUACGUAAACUGGUUCCCUACAUGCCAUGGGACAUUUACAAGGAGAAAAUAACAGGCAGAUUGUUCUAUCACAAUCAAGAAACUGACGAAUUAAUGUGGAAGCCACCUAGGAAAGACAAACCAACAUCUGGUGGAAACAGGGAACAAGUCCUGAAAUCGUCUCCCACCACCCCUGAGAUUAGCGUGACAUUCCCACCCGAUUCCCCACCACCUGUGACCAUGCCAUCGGCGUACGAGGAGACCGUGGAAGACGGCGGCAAAGUUGUCUACAUUCACAGAAAAACAAGCCAAAAGUGGUAUUCUAACCUGGAUGCGAAUGGUCAUAGAUAUUUUUAUACCGAUGACAAUGAUGAAUCAUUCUGGGAACUUCCCACCAUGGAACAGCAUAAUGGUGAAGUUUCCAGUCAACCUGGUUUUGCCAAAAACCGCCGUAAUGUUGAGAGGAUGUUAAAGGCCAAGUCGAUGUAUGAAGGCUUGGACCAGAGACCGAACUCAUCUGCCAUCCCCCAAAUACGAUCAUCGACUCUUCCACCAAGUUUCAUCUAUCCCGCAGAUGAAGCGAAUGUUUCUGCUACAGGAGGUGCUCCAUUACAGCAAAGCGAGUCCAGUGCUCAGGAUCAGCCAUUCCAUUUUGAGGAUCAUUUGUGUGGAUAUCUCAACAAAGCCAAAAUUGCAGAUCUUGGCCGAAAAGUGAAGUUUGGAAGUAUGCGGUGUAGAAGACGAUACAGUUUCAAAUCAAAAAAAAGCUGGAGUUCUUCGUAUGUUGUGCUACAAGACACCAAUCUUGUGUUUUACAAAGACCAGAAAAUGGCCGCUCAGAAGGCCAGGGCACCUCACGGCAAACCAGAAAUGGUUGUCAGUAUCCAAGGUGCCAAGGUGGAGUUCAACCCAUCUAAAGACUUGACAAGCAGGAAAAAUGUGAUAAUGAUGACGUCAUCUUCAGGCAGUCAGGUUCUACUUCAGUCCGAUGAUGAGAAACUAAUUCACCAGUGGCUGCUUCGACUGAAAUUGCUCACAGAUAGUAAAGAUGGUAACAAAUCACCCAGGGCUUCCAAGAUACCUCUCUGCACACGGAGUGCCUCAGAGAGUGAUGUUUUUAACCCGCAAUCCCCUCCAAACAGCUAUUUCUGGGGAAUUCGUACCAAACUGCUCAACCUCAUUUCCCGGAGACCCACGCAGGAGGAUCUCGUACGAAGGGGCAUUAUUAAACAUACUGUGUUUGGAACCAAUCUGCGAGAGCUGUGUGACAGAGAACAUUGCACCGUGCCAAAGUUUGUCAAGAUGUGUGUGGCAGCCAUUGAAAACAGAGGGCUUAACCACGAUGGGUUGUACAGAAUCAGUGGAAAUCAGGCUGAAAUCCAGAGGUUGAGGUUCAUCGUUGAUAAAGAUGAGCCGUACAACUUGGAUGAUGAUCAAUGGGAUAUCAAUGUGCUCACUGGUUCUCUCAAGCUGUUCUUCAGAGAGCUGUGUGAACCCCUCUUUCCUCAAGUAUUAUUUGACAGAUUCAAAGAAGCUAUAUGUAAAGAUAAAAAUAUAGACAGACUGAGGGCAUUUAAAGACCUGGUUGCAGAAUUGCCAAGGUGCAAUUAUGACACGAUAAAGUUUAUCAUCCACCAUUUAAGAAAAGUUAUAGACAAGAGUCACGAGAACCGGAUGCAGACCCAGAAUGUUGCCAUUGUGUUUGGUCCGACGUUGAUGUGGACAGAGGGCGAUGCGGUCAACAUGGCCGUCCAGUCCAUCUACCAGGGGAAGGUGAUUGAGUACGUCCUCCUCGAAUACGACCAGCUCUUUAGGUAGCCCUGCUCAGCCAAGCAAGAUCAGUUCUUCCAGACCAUCUUCAUUGCGAAGACAGAAUAUUACAAGGAUGAACAAGGACAGAAAUAUACAAGAAUGAGCAAAGACAUACAGAAAAAGAGAAAGAAGUGGGGGAGGGGGGUUAAAGAGAUGAAAUUGACAGAGAUGUACAAAGCUAUACAAAGAUAUUAACAAGUGUGAACGUGUAUCCUGUGUGAUAGACUAUUUUAAUUUAAAGCUAAACAAUCAUUUGUCAUUGGCUUUUAAAACAUGAUGAUCUUGAUUCCAAUCCUUUUCAGAUGUUUGUCCAGUAUACCUCCUAGUAGGGAUAUUUAUUUGGUCAUGACACUUAAUAUAAAAUAAAAUGAAAUAAUUCUGCAACUGAAUCCUGCUGUAUAUUUAUUGCAGUUUCCAUUACAUUGUACAUUCCCAUUCUGGUUUUAUUUCAUGUCUUAUGGUGAAAAAUUUAAUGAAAUCAAUUAGAAAAGUUAAUAUAAACUAGUCAAUAAAAACACAUUUUUCCAUU